CUUAUUAGUUUGUUACUUACUUGCAUAUAAGAGCUUUGUAAUUAGAUCAAUACCUUUUGGUAUGGAGUUGUAAUAUUCCAUACAAAUCCAUCAUAAAGUACUUGAUGUUUCCAAAUGCGAUCAAAAUCAUUACUCUUCGUCCUUCUCCUUCAACAUGGCAGCACGAGCAGCGAACUCUAUAGCACCAACGGCUGUUGGGUCAUCUGUGGCUAAUAGCUCAUUCAAUGACAAGGGCAAACCUAUGGAAGUCAGGCGUUCGAACAUGGUGGCUGCAAAAGCCAUCAGCGACGCCGUUCGAACCUCACUAGGUCCCAGGGGUAUGGACAAGAUGAUCCAAACUUCGAAAGGAGAAGUUAUUAUCACCAACGAUGGGGCCACCAUUCUGAAGAGUAUUCAGGCUCUGCAUCCGGCGGCCAAGAUGCUUGUGGACCUUUCGGCGGCUCAGGAUGUGGAAGCUGGAGAUGGUACGACUUCCGUCGUUGUGCUCGCUGGAAGCCUGCUCGGUGCCGCAGAGAAGAUGUUGCAAAAAGGUCUUCAUCCAACAAUCAUCGCCGAAUCAUUCUUGAAGGCGUCCACAAAGGCGGUUGAAUACCUGACUGAGAUGUCUACACCUGUGAACUUGAAUGACAGGUCUUCUUUGCUCAGAGCAGCUACCACCUCACUCCAAUCCAAAAUUGUAUCGCAAUAUUCUUCUACACUUGCUCCCAUCGCAGUUGAGGCUGUUUUGCGUCUCGUUACUCCAACUUCAUCGAACGUCGAUCUCCGUGACAUCCGUAUUGUCAAGAAGGUUGGCGGAACGAUUGAAGAUACCGAGCUGGUGGACGGCGUCGUGUUGAAUCAGAAUGUGGUUACCUCUGCCGGUGGACCAACACGUAUUGAGAAGGCGAAAAUCGGCAUCAUCCAGUUCCAGCUCAGUGCACCUAAACCAGAUAUGGAUAAUACUGUUGUUAUCAACGAUUACCGCCAAAUGGACAAGGUCAUCAAGGAAGGCCGCCAAUACCUUUUGAACAUCUGCAAGAAGAUCAAGAAAGCAAACUGCAACGUGUUACUGAUCCAGAAGUCUAUUCUUCGUGAUGCUGUCGAUGACACUUCCCUCACCUUCCUCAAACGUCUCAAUAUUCUUGUUAUCAAGGAUGUUGAACGUGACGAAAUUGAGUUCUUGUCUAAGUCUCUUUCAUGCAAACCUGUUGCAGACAUUGAAGCAUUCACUGAAGACAAGCUCGGUUAUGCUGACUUGGUGGAGGAGGCCAAUCACUCCGGUGCCAAGGUUGUCAAGAUCCUUGGUGUCAAAAACCCUGGACGUACUGUCAGUAUUCUUGCUACUGGUAGUAAUCACCUUGUCUUGGAAGAGUGCGAACGUAGUCUUCACGACGCUCUCUGUGUCGUCAGAUGUCUCGUCAAGAAGCGGGCAUUGAUCGUCGGAGGAGGUGCACCCGAAAUCCACGUGUCGCGCCUACUGUCACAAUAUGCCCACUCGUUAAAGGGCAUGGAAGCGUACUGCUUCCAAGCAUAUGCCGAUGCACUCGAGGUCAUUCCAACAACGUUGGCAGAAAACGCGGGUCUCAAUCCUAUCUCAAUCGUCACCGAACUACGCAACCGACAUGCACUGGGAGAGCGCAAUGCCGGUAUCAACGUCCGCAAAGUAAGGAGAAGCUUUCUAAUGUCUGACGUACUCAUGUUGAUCCUUGUGUGUUUUGCAGGGGUUGAUCUCGAACAUCCUGGAAGAAGACGUUGUGCAACCACUGCUUGUAUCAACAAGUGCUAUUGAGCUGUCGACAGAGACGGUCUGCCUCAUUCUCAAAAUCGAUGAUUAUGUACAAGCACGUUAGAUAUAAAUCUGUAAUCACGCAAUUGGUAUCCGUCACGCUGCUGGGAAUCAUAUACAAGACAUCCGUUCAUCAUCAACAUUGAGUUGUUCAUCCGUCCUUCAACAAGGCCUUGAUAGAAUUUCGUAAACUCUCGUCCGCACAUCGAAGAUGCCAAAGACAACUCUCUUCUUCGCCUUCUUUCAGUCGGAGCAAUGCAACCCCAGACUGGGCAAUAAAGCCUGGUGAUGUAGAGAUUUGAAUCUUCAAGUCGCCUGCAAGUUGAUCAUCAGCAGUGGACUAAUCGUACAGAAAUACCAAAUCUCAUACCAAUGAAUGGUG